UCAAUGGCUUGCAAAAAGAGCUUUACAUUUGGGUUUCUGGUUGGUAUUUUAAUGUUCAACUUAUCAUUCAGUUAUUCAUCAGCGUCAUCUUAUGCAUCAUUAUUUUGUUAAUUCUUUGAAUCAAGUUAAUUCAGUCAUUCUAAGGCUAGCCUAGUGUUUAAUAAGUUAAUUGGCUUGUUGGCUUUAUCAAGUGUUCAACUAAUUUCAUUGUUAUCCAAUUUUCUCUCAUCUGUCUUCUUUCUUCUCUCCACUCUAUUCAACCAUUAUCCAUAAUACUGGUGUCUACACUUGAAUUUUAGUUCCGAUGAGUCGUAACCAAAAUAAAAAUAAACUCAACCUUAAACUUCCUCCUGGCUCAGUAGACUCAGGUGAUUCCAGUCAGGACCAAAAUGAGCAACCAUUGGACACAAGCAUUGAAGCUCUCCAUAAAACACUCGAAGGCCUUGAUUUGGAUGAUCAACAAAGGCAAAGAUUGGAAACCUUUUUAACUCAGAAACAAAAGGUUGGUGAAUUAACAGGAGAAGAUUUUGAAUAUCUAGGAGAGUUAGGUGCCGGUAAUGGAGGUGUUGUCACCAAAGUCCUGCAUCGACCAUCUGGUCUUAUCAUGGCCCGUAAGCUCAUUCAUCUUGAAGUUAAACCUGCCAUUCGCAAUCAAAUAAUCCGAGAAUUAAAAGUUCUUCAUGAAUGUAAUUCACCCCACAUUGUUGGGUUUUAUGGUGCAUUUUACAGUGAUGGAGAGAUUAAUAUCUGUAUGGAAUAUAUGGAUGGAGGUUCCCUUGAUUUGGUCCUCAAAAAAGCUGGACGAAUACCUGAACAAGUGCUUGGUAAAGUUACCAUUGCUGUCCUAAAAGGACUCAAUUACCUGAGGGAGAAACAUCAAAUUAUGCAUAGAGAUGUCAAGCCUUCCAACAUUCUUGUAAAUUCCAGAGGAGAAAUUAAAAUAUGUGAUUUUGGCGUCAGUGGACAAUUAAUUGACUCAAUGGCUAACUCUUUUGUUGGCACUAGAUCCUAUAUGUCUCCGGAAAGGCUACAAGGUACUCAUUAUACCAUUCAAUCUGAUAUAUGGAGCCUCGGACUAUCCCUUGUUGAAAUGGCUAUUGGUCGAUAUCCUGUUCCACCUCCAGAGCCAAAAGAGCUCAAGGCCAUCUUCGGCUCACAAUAUCAACCCGAGCUGCAGGAUAGCUCAAACGAUGCCAAAACUCCUGUAAGCCCCAAUUCGAAGACGCGUCCGGCUAGCUUUAGUCAAAAUUCUGCAUCCAAUUCAACAGCAGGGGACGUUUGUCCACGUUUAUCCAUCUUUGAAUUAUUAGAUUACAUCGUAAAUGAGCCACAGCCAACUAUACCAUCCGGGAUAUUUUCAGCAGAAUUCAAAGAUUUGGUUGAUAGUUGUCUCAAAAAGAAUCCAGUAGAAAGACCUGAUCUCAAAACUUUAAUGAAUCAUCCUUAUGUUAAGAAAUCUGAAAGUGAAGAUCUCGAUUUUGCUCGAUGGGUUUGUCAAGUAAUGAAAUUGGAACCAUCAACACCCACAAAAAACACAACGGCGACCGCGACUUCAGUAACUACGUCCGUUGCAUCUGCCUCAACAGCAACUAAUGUAUAAUGUGAUCGACUUGAUUUAAAUGCUUUUCUCUCCACUUUUUAUCAUUGUCUUCUGCUUAUUCCUCACUUUUCAAUUUACUUUUCAAUUUUUCGAUUCAUUCUUCGGAACUUUAUUCUUAACUCUCUCUCUCUCUUUCUUUUUCAAGCCAUAACCUGUUGACUUCAAAUAAGAUCACUUUUAUUUCA